AUGGAAAUAUGCAGGUAUUGAUGAAUCGAAAUUACGAAAGGAUAAUCUAUCUAUCUAUCUGUGUCGUCGUCAUCGAUCAUCAUCAUGAGGAAAAUACAGGCGGUGGCGAAGAAACGAGCCAACACCAUAUUCGGGACGGGCGGAUCCGGGGGAGACGAAAUGGAGGAUACGGAGGAUGAGGAGCAGAACCCCCCGGUGGGAGAAGUUCACGAAGCAGAGAGAUUCCUCUCCAAUGGCGAUUACUACACGGGGUAUUGGGCGGGCAACUUCCCCCACGGCCACGGCAAGUACUGGUGGACCGACGGGUGCAUGUACGUGGGGGAGUGGAGCCGGGGGAAGUCGAUGGGGAAGGGCUCGUUUCGAUGGCCCUCGGGGGCGACCUACGAGGGAAAUUUCAAGGGCGGGUUCAUGGACGGGGAAGGGACGUACAUCGGCCCCAACGGGGACACCUAUAGAGGGAAAUGGGUGAUGAACGUGAAGCAGGGGCGCGGGGUUCAGGAGUUUGCCAAUGGCGAUUGCUAUGACGGGGAAUGGUUCAAGGGAUUGGAGGAGGGACAAGGGAUGUAUACAUGGAGCAAUGGGACUUACUAUGUUGGGGAGUGGAAAGGUGGGGCUAUUUGUGGGGAAGGGAAAAUGGUUUGGACAAAUGGGAAUGUAUACCAAGGACAUUGGGAAGAUAGUGUCCCUAAAGGGAAUGGGACAUUAAGAUGGGCAGAUGGGAGUUACUAUGUAGGGAAUUGGAACAAAGACCCUAAAGAACAAAAUGGGAACCAUUACCCUUCAGAAACAUCAGUAACUGAGUGCACACUUCUUGACUGGGAUCCCCAACAUGUAUUCAAUGUGGAUUUAAAGGACUGCAAAGUUUGCCCAGCUGACAAAGUCUUGAUCCUCCCUUCCCAGAAGAAACUGGCUGUCUGGAGAUCUGCAAAGACUAAAGAGAAACUCUACCACGGCAUUCGCCCCAAACGAAUGUCUGUCGACUACGUGAGACUAGACAGGAAUUUCAGCCGUUCUCAAUUCUCAGAUGGGAGUGGGGCUAGUAGAAGUUCUUGCGCAUCCGACGAUACCACCACCUCCACCUGCCACGAAGAACCCGGUUUUCCACCAAGAGGGAGCCCUAUUAGGAUUCCCAAGACUCUUGCAAAGAAGCAAGGAGAGGUUAUCUGCAAAGGCCAUAAGAAUUAUGAACUCAUGCUCAAUUUGCAGUUAGGCAUCAGACAUGCUGUUGGGAGGCCUGGUCCAUCUCCAUCAUUAGAUCUAAAAGCCUCAGCAUUUGAUCCAAAGGACAAAUUCUGGACAAGGUUCCCACCAGAGGGAUCAAAAAGCACUCCCCCUCACCAAUCCUGCGAAUUCAAAUGGAAGGACUAUUGCCCCAAAGUUUUCAGGGCAUUGAGGCUGCUGUUCAAUGUGGAUUCAGCAGAUUACAUGCUGUCCAUUUGUGGAAACGAGGCCCUCCGGGAGCUCUCGUCUCCCGGGAAGAGUGGUAGCUUCUUCUACCUCACGAACGACGACCGUUACAUGAUAAAAACAAUGAAGAAGGCAGAGGUAAAGGUGCUUUUGAGGAUGCUGAAUCCCUAUUUCAAUCAUGUCCGCGCAUACGACAACACCCUCGUGACCAAGUACUUUGGCUUACACUGUGUCAGGCUAACAGGAACAGCACAAAAAAAGGUGCGCUUUAUGAUCAUGGGGAAUCUCUUCUGUACCGGGUAUACAAUUCACAGACGAUUCGACUUGAAAGGCUCAACCUUUGGGCGCUUGACAGAUAAGCCGGAAUCAGAGAUUGAUGGAACUACAACUCUCAAAGACCUUGACCUUAACUACAUAUUUCGAUUGCAGAAGGAAUGGUUUGAAGAGUUUCGAAAGCAAGUAGAUAGGGACUGCGAGCUGCUCGAGCAGGAACGAAUAAUGGACUACAGCCUUCUGGUUGGCAUUCAUUUUCGAGAAUUGGGUAAUGCUAGUGCAGACCAUACAGUUGUGGAGAAUGGUGAAGGCUCAGAACCCGAUUCCUCUCAAGCAGAUAUGGAUCAUUUGCCAUGCUCGGGGGAUAUGAAACUGGGAAUAUGCAUGCCUGCAAGAGUGGAAAGAACAGAAAGGAGAUAUGAUCCAGAGCCACAGCUAGUAGGAGAGCCAACAGGGGAGUACUAUGAUGUAGUGUUGUUCUUUGGGAUCAUAGACAUUCUUCAGGACUAUGACAUUACCAAGAAGCUUGAGCAUGCCUACAAGUCUUUCCAGCACGAUUCGAAUUCGAUAUCAGCCGUGGAUCCAAAGGCAUACUCGAGGCGGUUUCGCGAUUAUGUAUUCAAAGCCUUUGGAGAGGACAGUUAGAUAAUGGAGAUCAGAUUGAAUAUAAUGCCUGUAUA